AUGAUGAACAAACAAUCUCAAAAAAACAAAUCGCAUUUAUUAUUAAGCGAGUCACAAAUAAAUUCUAUAGCUGGUGCUACAUCUGGUUUUUUAGUAAGUGUUCUCGUUAGUCCACUUGAUGUUCUAAAAACACGUAUUCAAGUAAAACGUUUACCAAAAGGUGUGCCGGAUACACCAUUCUUAGUUGUUAUAUAUAGAUUGGCUCAACGAGAAGGUUUUCGUGCAUUUUAUAAAGGCUUAGGAGUAACAAUGUUGGGUUAUGUACCGAAUUGGGCUAUAUAUUUUAGUACAUAUCAAUGGUCUAAAAAACAAUAUGCUUCUAUUUUAUCAUCGGGGCACUAUGAAAAUGAUGUAUUAACAAAUUUACUUUCAUCAAUUACUGCUGGUGCUGUAGCAAAUACAGUUAUUGCACCAAUGUGGACUAUUCGUACACGUAUGAUGACACAAUCAAAUUAUGAUGAUUAUCGUAAUGCAUUUGACGCAGCACGAAAAAUUUAUAGAACAGAAGGACUUUAUGCUUUAUAUCGUGGUCUUGUGCCAUCUAUGUUAGGUUUGAUUCAUGUUGGUAUUCAAUUUCCACUUUAUGAAUAUCUUAAGAAAGGAUGUCUGGAUGGUUCAUCGCCUGAUCAACGUUUAUCAACAGGACAUAUUAUAUUUGCAUCGAGUGUUUCAAAAUUAAUUGCUUCUUGUGUUGCAUAUCCACAUGAAAUUGUUCGUAGUCGACUUCAAGAUGCUGGUCAUGCUCAAGCUGUUCAAAAACACGCUUUAACUCCUGCGACACAAUUUCGUGAAUAUAAAAAUGUUCGUGAUGCUGUACAAACAAUUGCAAAAGACGAAGGUUUAAGAGGUUUCUAUCGUGGUCUUGUACCAACUCUAAUACGAACAUUACCAGCAGCGGUAUUAACUUUAUUAACAUAUGAAAAAAUGAAAGAUUUUCUUGGUGAUAAUUUCGGUGAUAAUUCAACGAAGUGA